UAGAUAAAACAAACAGAUGGAGCUGUUGUGGAACAUUUAUUUUCAUUAUAAAAAUGUACACAAAGCAGAAUAGCUAAAGAAAAUUAAAUACAGCGGUAAAUAGUAAAAUCAGAAUACAAACACAUGGUAGAAAAUUGUUAAGGAUAGUUUAGGACCAUAUUAUCAUAGAACCUUUCAACUUGUAGGAAAAAUUCAAAAAGUGCUGAGUCGGUAAUUGUUAAUCGCCAUUUUCUUACCGACAGGGCCGAUCAUAUUCAGUAAAGAAAUCCGAAUAUAAUGAUAUUAAAUAAGGUACUAUAAAUUAAAAGAUUUUUAUACUGUUUUUUUCACAUCAUCUAAAGAUGUAUGGUAUCCAAAAUUUAUUGCAAAAUUCAAUUGAGAUAAAUACAACUGAUGAGUGCGGAGAAAUGGAUUAUUUGUAUGAUGGGAGCCAGAUAAUAAAUGCAUCUAAUCAUGAAUUGGAGGAUAAUACAGAGUUUAUUCUACAAGACGGUACCAGAGCAAUGAUAAUUAAUGGAGCUCUCGUAACAUCUGACGGACAAGCUCUAGUUUUAAACGAUGAAGAUAUUAAUGGGUAUAAUUUUGAUGAAACCUCUGAUCAGAUAGUAAUUUCUGAUGAACACAAUGAACUUUUUCAAGCAAUUAAUGGCCAUAUUAUUUCAAAUGAUGAUCAACCAGAUGAACAACAACAGGUUUAUUUUCUUGAAGGAAGUGACAUACCUUUUGCACUAAAUACACAAAACAAUAAUUGUGCAUACCAACUGGCUACAUUUUCAGAUGAGAGUACCGAUGUACCUUUACAAAUGGUACAGUUAGAUUCUGCAACAGAAGAAAGUGUUAUUGAUUUAGGACAAAUACUACAACAAGACGACAUUAGAGAAGUUGAAGAAGGAAGCUAUCAAUGUGCAGUUCUAAAAAAUGGAAUGAUCCAUUUCCAACCGACUAAUCACAUAUAUGAAAUAAAUAACUUACCUAUACAGAGUGCAAACAAUAGUGAAACUGUAAUAGAAGAGCCCACAUUUCAAUUAGAUAAUAAAACUAUUGACGAUUUGUCAUCUAUUAAAGGUAGGAAUUUGUUAACUGGACAGCCGAUAACAUUGACAAAAUAUCUGAAUAAAAUACAGAACACCAAAUUCAAAGAUAUUGAAGUAAAAAGAAAAAUAAAAGUUAUUGACAAUCAAGUUAUAGUACCUCGCGAAGAAUCGCCAAUAAAAAAAUUAAUUAAUAAAAAAAUCCCACUUUUUCGGACAAGUCACGGUAAACUUAUGGUUGGAAAAAUAGUGGAUGUAAUAAAGAAAAAUACUGUGCCCAAGACUACUGUUACAACAUCAUCCACUACUGAUAAUAAAUGUCUCACCAAUUUUAAUCAGGCCAAUAAGCGGGAUAUUGAAGACGAUAGGAGUAUAUUGCAGUCUCUACCUAUACAGCAAGCGUAUAGUGAAAGUGAAAAUAUACAUUUAACCGAUUCGCUUAAAAGUAUUAAAAAGGAUUUCAAAACUUGCAAACGAAAAAGUUCAGGCAAGUCCGUUAUAAAAAAGAGCCCAUCACUUAUAGAAAACAGAGUGCCUUUUGACGCAACUAUAAAAAAGGACUCCCCACCAAAAUCAACUGAAAACAAUCAAAAAGACAAUUUGCAAGGGCACUUAAUUGCCAACUCUAAUAUCGUUAUUCAAGAUAAAGUUGUAAGCAAAGACUGUUUCAGUCUCAUUGCUAAGACACUAUCGGGGUUGAUGAACAUGGAUAGCGUUGUUAAAAAGUUGAAGGAUAGACCCAUUAUUUUAAAGGUGUUGGAGAAAAAUUAUAAUCAAGACAAAAAGGAGUACGAGAAGAACGUCUCUUAUUGUAGCGGGUAUAUGGUGAGGGAAUACAAGUUAGACGACGAGGCGGACAGCUUUUCCGAAAGCUGGACAUUUGUACCGGACAGUAACCCCAAAGACAUCAUACUAAAUGGUGCCGGCUUCGAAACAACAACCGACACAGGGACCGGCUUAAAGCCAGUGAAUAUAACCAUUCAAAUCACCGUGAAUUCCGAAGGCAAUCGAACGUCCAGAGUGAUAAUCAGUCCAUUAAAUAUGUAUGGAAAUAUACAAAGUUUAAUAAUGCUGACACCGACGAAUAAUACGCCAAAAUCCUCCCAUUUUGUACCAAAGUCAUCUAGCGUUGACGCAUUUAACUGUAAGUUUUGUCCUAUGAAAUUCUCACACAAGAGGGAUUUGUCAGAGCAUAUAACAACGCACAUAGAAGAUAGCAAGGAGUCGCCAUUUCAAUGUGAUGAAUGCAACAAGAAAUUUGUGACAGCCUUACAACUAGGAAGACAUAUGCAAGUACAUUUCAAGCCAGUGCAGUGCAAGUAUUGUUCUAAAAGGUAUGCAAAUUUAAAAGAAUUGAAGAAACAUCUAACUGCACAUUUCUUUCUGAAAAAACAAAACGAAGAAUACUUGACAGAGCUACCAACUGUCGCUGAGAACAAACAACAAACCCAGAAAAAAGUGUUCUCUUGUGAUUUUUGUAGCAGGCAGUUUACCAGGCAUUCCAAUUUACAGAGGCAUACUGAAAUUCAUAGCGGAGAUGGAGCGUUCAAGUGUACUGUAUGUAGUUGCUCCUAUCAGUAUGGAUCGUCUUUAACAAGACAUAUGCUAUCUGAUCAUCUUGAUAUUACCAAAAGAUCACACUCACUGAAAGUUGAAGCUGAUAAAGAAUUAGAUUCGUUGAUAGAAUACAAAGUAAUGGAAGAUGACAUCACCUUUGAGGCAGUACCUUUGUACGAGAUGGGGGAGACUAUGCAAUUUCAAAAUGUAAAUAUUGAUAUGGAACAUUUACCCGGAGACAUGGAAAUUUUAGAAAUUCCGAUAGAUGAAAAUAUUAUUAUAGAAAACUAAACUGUAAAUAUAUGUAAUAUAAAUAGCAUAAAUAUUUA